CUUUAAUCUGUCCAAAAAAGCUCAUUGAAACUGCUUUCAUUGAAUUUCAUAUUCUGUUUUCCCCAUGGCGGCGGUCUCAGGAGCACCAUUUGCAUUCAAUCCUGACCAAGAUGUUACGCCUAACGCAACGCCUCUCCCACAACCAACUCAAGUCGAUGGUCGUAGCACGCGAACAGGAUACAUCUAUGAUCCACGAAUGAGACUUCACAACAAUGUACAUGGGGACGAUGGUCACCCUGAAGAUCCGAGACGUAUUUGGAAGAUAUUUGAUGCAAUUCAGGCUGCAGGAUGCACGAAACGCAUGGUUCGUAUUCGUUCACGCGAGGCCACAGUCGAAGAGCUCAGUCUGAUACAUACUGAAGACCAUAUUAGCCGUAUAGCAGGGACCUCUGAAAUGUCAUUAAGCGAUCUGUUUGCAGUGGCGGAGAGUUACAAUAGUAUCUAUCUCAACAACUCGUCUUCAUAUUGCGCUCGAUUAUCAUGUGGAAGUUUGCUAGAAUUGUGCAAUGCUGUUGCAACUGGCCAAAUUCUGAAUGGUGUGGCGAUUAUACGACCUCCGGGGCAUCAUGCAGAGCCUGAUGAGGCAGGGGGGUUUUGUCUAUAUAAUAACGUGGCCAUCGCAGCGCGCUAUCUCCAAAAGAAUCACGGAUUGAAAAAGAUUUUUAUUCUUGACUGGGACGUUCAUCAUGGAAAUGGAACUCAAAAGGCAUUUAUCGAUGAUCCAAAUGUCGUAUAUUGCUCUAUUCAUCGGUACGAUAAAGGAACCUUUUUCCCUGGAGACCCGGUUGCAGCGGCCUACACAACGGUAGGAGAAGGCGCAGGACGGGGAAAGAACAUCAAUAUUCCUUGGCCAUGCCCCGGAAUGGGCGAUUCUGAAUAUAUUUACGCAUUCCACAAGAUCAUCAUGCCGAUUGUCUAUGAGUUUGUACCUGAUUUUGUUCUUGUGAGUGCAGGAUUUGAUGCGGCCAAAGGUGACCCGAUCGGAGAAAAUUUGGUAACGCCUGCAGCCUAUGGCCACAUGACACACAUGCUCAAGUCUUUAGCAGGAGGAAAGAUUGUACUAGCAUUAGAAGGAGGCUACAAUCUUAAUUCGAUUGCGGUAUCAGGACUGGCAUGUACAAAGGCAUUGCUCAGCGACCCUAUUGAGGCACUACAGCCAGUUAUUCCCAACGCAGCGUGUGUACAAACUAUUCAUCAAGUGAUUGAAAUCCAGUCUCAAUAUUGGAAAAGCCUUACGCCUACGUAUAGCAAGCCAAGUGAGGAGUAUCACCGAGACAGUAUCGUACCAUUGGCCAAAGUUCUUAAUGUAUACAGAACCGAAUUUUUAUAUGAAAGGCAUCGGAUGAUUAAAUUACCCCUUUCAAACCCAAAUUAUGAGGCCGAGUUUAUGGAUAGUGUGCACAGCACGCCUGACAUGUGCUUCACAGACAAACCACUCUAUAUAUUUGUUCAUGGCCUUGGCCAUUUCCAGACACGAGCUUUAGGAAAUAGCAACAAUCUUCGGAUUGACAAAUGUGCAUUAAUAGAUACAGUCGCGCAGUAUGUGGACGGGAUCAUAGGCUCUGAUAAUGAGCUAAUUGAUAUCAUGAUCCCACAUUCACCGGCCACGGAUGAUGAUAAAGAGCUGCUCAAGGAAAGAGUGGCAGCUUUAUUGGCAGACAUUUGGGACAACUAUGUGUCACCGACAGGAUUGAAGCGCAGAAUUGUGUUAUUAGCUGUUGGUGGAACCAUAUGUCAGAGUAUGGUUGCUUUUAUGAAUGAACGACAAAAGGAAGUGGCCCUGUUUGUAUCAUGUAUUGUUCUGAUCCCUGGAGAAGACGAAACGAUUCCUUUGGUAACGAAACGGCUGUCGAAGUGGUACAUGGAGCAUUCAUUUGUAGUUGUUGCCGACGAUCAUCCAAUCUGGGAGCGGAUACAUGAACCCAUAACUGCAAGAGUUGGAAAUGUUGUCCGAUCAGGGAAACCGAUGAGCCCGCUCUCAGAUCAAUUGCUUUAUUUGUACCCCAUAACAUUCGUCCAGAUCGAAGACAAGCUUAAAUCGCUACCACCACUCCCAUCCUUGCAAUAAAAGAAAGCAUUAGAGUAUCUUUUGCAAUUACUACCC